AUGAAUACACUAAAAAGUAAAUGGAUAAUAUUAUCAAAAAGAUUAAAUCUUGAAGAUACUAUAUCAAACAAAUGGUAUACUGUAUUGGAACAAUAUUAUAAACCAACGUUUUCAAGAUCCUAUCACAAUGCAAAUCAUAUCGAUGAAUUAUUAGGAUUCUUUGAUCAAUAUCAAGAUAGAUUAAAGACACCUGAUGCAUGUCUAAUGGCAAUUUGGUUUCACGAUGUUAUCUAUGAUGCUACCAAAUCAGACAAUGAAGAUAAAAGUGUUGAAAUGUUUAAAGAGUUUGCUCUAGAAACAAAGCUCGAGUCAAAGAUGUCUGAUUUGGUCUCAGAGAUGAUAGAUGCAACAAAACAUCAUACAAAGGUUCAGAGUGGUAUCAAUAUAGAUCAAGACUACUUUUUAGACUUUGAUCUAUCUGUUCUUGGAAGAGCACCAAAAGAAUAUACGGAGUACUCUUAUAAUAUAAGAAGAGAGUAUAUUCACGUACCAGAAGAUCAAUAUAGAAGUGGUAGAAUUGCAGUACUAAAAAGAUUCAUAUCAAGUGGAAGAUAUAUGUAUAAAACAAAAGAAUUCCAAGAUCGUUUCACAGACAAUGCAAUUAAUAAUUUAAAUCAAGAAAUUGAUAGAUUAUCACAACCUUUAAUUCCUUUAUUACCAGAAUCAACAUAA